ACCAAUCAAAAAUAAGGAUACUAGCAUGUGGAACCGCUACCCAGAAGAGCCCAGUUGCUACAGCAUCGUCCUUAGUGUCUCGCCAGGCAAAAAAGAUGGAGGAAAUUGAAGAAUCUCCUCCUACUUCUGAAGAGCUGGUGCCCUGCAAAAUAUGUGGAAGGAGUUUCUUUCCGAAGGUUCUGAAAAAACAUGUGCCGAUCUGCCAGAAGACAGCGGCCAAGAGGAGGAAGGUGUUUGAUUCUGGCAGGCAAAGAGCAGAGGGGACCGAAAUUUCUACAGUCAAACCCAUAAAACCAAAGCCUGAGCCACCCAAGAAGCAGUCCAACUGGCGCCGAAAGCACGAAGAAUUCAUCGCCACUAUUCGUGCUGCCAAAUCCAUAAACCAAGUGAUAAAAGAUGGCGGACCCCUCCCUCCACCCCCUCCUCCAUCGUAUGAUCCAGAUUAUAUCCAAUGUCCCUAUUGCCAGCGGCGCUUUGGUGAGAAUGCAGCAGAUCGACACAUCAAGUUCUGCAAGGAACAAGCAUCCAGAAUCUCCAAUAAGAGCAAGCUUGCUGGAGGUGAUAAAACUAAACCUCCAGCCAGAACUCAGUACAAACCUCCUGCACCAAAGAAGGCAAACUCUCCCACUACUUCCAGCGUGUCUUCUCGUCUACCUCAGCGCUCAGCUUAUGGCCAGGGUGCUGGCACAGGAAUUCCUAGCAGCAAACCCUCAUCCACAGGCUCAAUAAAGAGCACACCAACAGGAUACUCUCCGUUACGAAACAACUCAUCCGGCUUGACCAGCCCUCCCUCUGAGGGGAACAUGAAACCCAAGGGUAUGGUUUCACAAAGCUCACUGAGAAAUCCUUCUACUGGUAUAGGAAUGAACAAGAAGAAGAUCCAGAAUGCAGAUAACUGUAUUUCAAGGAAUGAUAUGAAAAACGAAAACGACUUCAAUUACUCCACAACAGGCACCAAGUUUUGCCAUGAGUGUGGGACCAAGUACCCAGUGGAGUCGGCCAAGUUCUGCUGUGAGUGUGGGGUAAAACGAAUGUACAUUUAAUAUGUAUGAACACAAAUUGUACAAAUAUAUAAAAAGACUGACUCACUGUAGCUCAAAAACUGAGCUUUCCUUCAAAUACACUAGUGUACUUGGCGAAUCCAUGUGCUGUACAAAUAUCUCCUAUCCCAAGUAAAUCUGAUUCCAACCUUUUGCUUAGUUUUGUUUUUAUAUGGAAAAGAAGUGCAAUAUUAUUGGUUACUGCUACAAAAGGAGUAUUAUCAAUCUUAUAUUUACACACAAAAAAAGAAAGUUUAAAUGAACUUUUAUCAAUAUAGGCCUUAAAACGGGACCAUAUCACGCCGUUCUGAUGUUAACAGGGCAGUAUAUCGGUGUAGUUUGCUGUGUGAGGGAAUUUAAGUGCUAUGGUUUAUUAUUUAAUUCAAUUUGUUAGGGUAAAUGUUUAGUAUGACUAAUGCAUUGACAACGGUUCUUUUUGCUGAGCAAUUCACUUUUUGUAUUUUACAUUUGUUUUUAUAUGUUCUUGAUUGUGUUUUUAACAGUAUUCCAGAUGAACAUGUCCUGUAGAAGUCCUCAUUGUAUAUUUAUUAAACGCGCAGUCAUCACAUCCCAAGUCCAGCAUAUUUACACAUUCAAAACAUAAAGGCGACUCGAAAUGUCAUUUUACAUCCUUCAAAAGCAGACAAGCUUAUGGGAAAAGUAGCUUUACAAUGGUAUUUUAUUGCUUCAGAGCCUUAUCACUGCUGUCCACAGGGGAGAGGUAAAGAUCCAUGCUGGUCUCGAGCUUAAUAUGAAUUUCAAGCAUCACCCUGUACCUUGUAAUGCUUGUACUUCUGCUGCUGCUCUGACAGCGUACGUUAUAUCUUAUGAAUACCUGCUUAAUGAAUUACGACACAAAUGUUGCCAUUAAGAAAAAAAAGAAUGGUCAAAAUGGCUCCUGAAUUGAUCCUACAUAAAUAAAGGGGUUUAAAUGCUCA